CUGUGAUGGGCGGGGCCGACGGGGUGGGAGGGGCCUCAGACUCGAGACUCCGUGCCCGAGGGUGGGCGGCACUAGAGGGAGCUGCGGCCGCGCCCGCCCUGUCGCUCCUCGCCUGCCGCUCUGAGCCGCCGCGAUGGCGGAGGACAGCGAGUCUGCGGCCAGCCAGCAGAGCCUAGAGCUGGACGACCAGGACACGUGCGGGAUAGACGGAGACAAUGAGGAGGAGACCGAACACGCCAAAGGAAGCCCUGGAGGGGAUUUGGGAGCAAAAAAGAAAAAGAAGAAACAGAAGAGAAAAAAGGAGAAGCCAAAUUCUGGGGGUACCAAGUCCGACUCUGCAUCUGACUCCCAGGAGAUUAAGAUUCAGCAGUCUUCUAAACACAACGCCAUCUGGCAGCAGAUUUCAGCAGGAGCGGCCAUGGGUGGUGAUACUAUGGAAGGUGAAUGGAUAGAUUUAAGAAUGUAUCAUAAGGUGAGCGUGGUGGCGCCCGCCUAUAAUCCCACCCAGCACCCAGGAGGCGUAGGCAGGAUGAAUAAUCCCACCAUCCCGAUUCAGAAGCUACAGGACAUCCAGAGAGCAAUGGAGCUGCUGUCUGCAUGCCAAGGCCCAGCCAGGAACAUUGAUGAGGCCACAAAACGCAGAUACCAGUUCUGGGACACACAGCCAGUGCCCAAAUUGAAUGAAGUCAUAACCUCUCAUGGUGCAAUUGAACCAGACAAAGACAAUAUCCGCCAGGAACCAUAUUCUCUGCCACAAGGUUUUAUGUGGGACACUUUAGACUUGAGUAAUGCUGAAGUGCUGAAGGAGUUAUAUACAUUGCUGAAUGAGAAUUACGUGGAAGAUGAUGACAAUAUGUUCCGCUUUGACUAUUCACCCGAGUUUCUUCUGUGGGCUCUGCGUCCCCCAGGAUGGCUUCUGCAGUGGCACUGUGGAGUCCGCGUGUCUUCAAAUAAAAAGUUAGUAGGUUUCAUAAGUGCCAUCCCAGCAAACAUCCGAAUUUAUGACAGUUUGAAGAGGAUGGUAGAAAUCAACUUUCUUUGUGUCCAUAAGAAACUGAGAUCAAAACGGGUAGCCCCAGUGUUGAUUCGUGAAAUCACCAGAAGAGUGAACCUGGAAGGCAUCUUUCAGGCUGUGUAUACUGCGGGUGUGGUUCUUCCUAAGCCUGUGGCCACUUGCAGGUAUUGGCACCGAUCCCUAAACCCCAGGAAACUGGUGGAAGUGAAAUUUUCUCACCUGAGUAGAAACAUGACCUUACAGAGAACAAUGAAGCUUUACAGACUUCCAGAUGUUACAAAGACUUCAGGUUUGAGACCGAUGGAACCAAAAGAUAUCAAAGGAGUCCGAGAACUAAUCAACAUAUACUUGAAGCAAUUUCAUCUAGCUCCAGUGAUGGAUGACGAGGAAGUGGCCCACUGGUUCCUCCCCAGGGAGCACAUCAUUGACACAUUUGUAGUGGAGAACCCCAAUGGGAAGCUGACUGACUUCCUGAGCUUCUACACUCUCCCCUCCACGGUUAUGCACCACCCUGCUCACAAGAGCCUCAAGGCUGCUUAUUCCUUCUACAACAUUCACACAGAGACACCCCUGCUGGACCUCAUGAAUGAUGCACUCAUUAUAGCCAAAUUGAAAGGAUUUGAUGUGUUCAAUGCACUAGAUUUGAUGGAAAAUAAAACCUUCUUGGAAAAACUCAAAUUUGGUAUAGGAGACGGCAACUUACAGUAUUAUUUGUACAACUGGAGGUGUCCAGGGACAGAUGCUGAAAAGGUUGGACUUGUUCUGCAGUAGAUGGUUAUGUUAUUUCUAGAAGGCUGACAUUCUCAUUUGUUAAUACUCUAUUUAGUGAUACCUGGAACUGUCAUUCCAAAGAAGAAUAAAAGCACAAGUUGAGUGAAAUUGAAGUAGUUGAUAACAAUCAGAAUAGAUGGCCAACUGUACACAUUUCUAAUUAGGGUGUCGGGAGCCAGUCUCUGCUGUUGACUAAUGUGGGAGGGGUUAAAGGUGUCCACAGAGCAG